CGCGCGUCACUUCCCGGCUGGGCCGGCGGCCCGCGGCGGAGCGCGGCCGCGUCCCGCCCAUCCCGACCCCCGGCAUGGAGAAGCUGCGGCGGGUGCUGGCCGGGCAGGACGAUGAGGAGCAGGGACUGACGGCACAGGUCCUUGAUGCCUCAACACUCAGCUUUGGUACUCGAGUCAGAUGGUUUGCCAUAUGCUUUGUUACUGGCAUUUUGUGUUCUUUUCUUGGAACAGCAUUGCUAUGGCUCCCAAAGGGGAUCAAACUUUUUGCAGUGUUCUAUACCCUGGGAAAUAUUGCUGCUCUCGCCAGUACAUGUUUCCUGAUGGGGCCACUGAAGCAACUGAAAGCAAUGUUUGAUCCAAAACGAUUAAUAGCUACGGUUGUGAUGUUGGUAAAUAUACUGUCUUUCUUUCCUUUUAUUAAAAAGUUUUCAUUUAGCUUCAAAGCUAAAUUUGAUGCUUUUCUAAAGGGAGGUUAUUUCUCAAUCGGCCUCUGCCUUCUGCAGAGAAAUGACAGUCAACCUGUUAAGCUCUGUAUGUCAGAAAGAUCAUCUGGCUCCUUUCUAUGAACAUGUGUGGUUUUGUUGUUUAGGAUUUUUUAAUUAAUCAUUUGGAGUAGAAUGUUCCUUACAAAAUAUUUUUUACUAAAUGAUAAUGGCAGGUUAAUUAUUUUUAAUUUAUUUUCUAAAAUAUUUUCUUCAAGAACAAGGGAAGAGACUUUUUUACCUAUUGUGGAAAGUCAGUGGCCACCAAGUGUAGCUUGACAGUUGUUUUUUGGCUGCAGCUUGGUCUGUAAAGGUCAGAGGUUCAGCACUUUCAAAGCAAUGGAGAAAAUUAAUAUAUUUCCCCAAAGUCUGGGACCCUGGCUCCUUUAUUUUCACAACCAUCAUUUCUUCUUCCAGAAGGAUGGAAAAAAAUCUCCCCAGUAUCAGAAUUCCUAUCCCAAAACUCUAUAUUGGGUAUUUAAAACAACUUUCUCCCCUUGCUGCUUCUAUGUUUAAUACUUUUCUCUCUUGCUCCCUACUGAUCUAUUUCAACUUUGAUUUUUGAAAUGUAGUUGGCUUUCCUAUUCUCCCGAUCAUAUAACUUGUUUGUCUAGUUUAGUGAGUAAGAAAGUCUUCAUAAAGUCUUUCUGGAUAGCUGUCAUAUGGAGGUUGCAUGUUCUUCCUCUCACACACCUACAUAAAAUAUAGUUACAAUCUCAUUUGAGAAGAUUACAUUUGCCCCUGAAGUCACUUGAUCAGUGCUUGGACACCAAACUUUGUUCAACAGAGGUUUGUUUUGUUUUGUUUGAGCGUUCUUGUUUUGUUCUGUCACUAUUUUUGACUCAUACCAAGUUACAAGUCCUAGGAGGGUUACACUUUGUAGGCAUGAAUUAAAAAUGUCCAAGAAUAUCUCCGGUUCUCCUAGAGCCUGUAUUUGCUGAGCAUAAAUUUUCUAACACCUUAUAGCUGUGGGCUUUUUCCAAUGAAACUGAGAGCCUAAGCCAGACACUUAAAACAGCAGGCACAAAAAUCAUUUUGCUCUGAUGAUCCUGUUAUCCACUGUGCUCAGACAUGGUGACAAAGAAAAUAACUCACUUUGAAGGCUGUAAAAACAAAACACAUCAGGGAAAUGGAAGGAGAACAGAGAGCAGAGCACACAUCAGAGACCUGUGCAGAGAGGCUACCAGCAAAGUUGGGAAAAUGAGAAUGAAAGUUUUUAUCUAAUAAUGAACAUGAACACGAUGAAAGGCAAGACUUUUAGUAUGGAUAUUUCAGUAAAACACAGAAGAACUGGUAAAUUUAAAGCUUUGAAAACUUUGGAUGAAUUUGACUCUUUUAAUCCCCAUGCUAACACAAAGCUAGAAUUGUAGGCAGUUCAGGAGUCACAAACAUGUUUGGAAAAUGUCAAGCGUGUGUUACUUUUCUCCCUUUCAAUAAAAUGCCAACAGAUUUUUUUUCAAAUGAAAAUUGAUUUGUGUUUUUGUACUAUGUGUAAUGAAAAAUGGAGGAAGCCUGGUAAGAUCUAGUGGAAAAGUUCUAAGUGAUGGUUAUUCUUGCACAAAUAGUGUGAUUAUUUGGCAUAGUAAACCAUAUCAUUGUAACAUUCAAUCUAAAGUGUUUAAGUACCUCAAACAAAGCUUCAUGUGAGCUUUUUUGCCGUACCUGAGGCAGCUGCUCCCUAGUGGACUUUUCAUUAGUGUCAGAAGUUGAAAAAGCACUGGCAGAGAAGGCAUAGCCUGUAUUUACCAGCUCCUGUAAUUGAGAAUGGAUGUUUUUAAUAAAGGGUUGUUUUAGCGAUACAAACAUCCUUUUUGUCAGAGACAGGUGUCAUGAAUACCAGGUUAAAAAUUAUAGUCUGUACUGGAAUAAGAGAGUAGCAGUUGCCAGACUUCUUGAUUCCUUUCAAUAAAGCUUUAUCAUCUAAGCCCACCUCUUAAUAGAACCAACAAAUAAAGGUACACGCACCAGCUUAUCCUCCUGCUCUUUCCUCAAGUCAACCCCUGCCUUGUCUUCCUUUCAAGACUUGUCCCAGCCCUUCUGGCCAUGCAUACCUCAUAAUGUUCUUUGAAAAACAGCAUGGAGUUCAUCAUACAGUCACUGUGAGACAGCCUUUGGCUCUGCUUGUUCCAUAAGUCAAUUUUCAAGUGCUGAUUGCCCAUUGAAAACAUGGAAAUGGUUACUGUGCUUGAUUUGUUGUGUAUUUGAGUAUUCAUUCUUUUUUUCU